UCCACAUACACAGCACGGAAACAAGUCGCGCAAAAAGGCAUUUCGCACCCUGUCGCAGAUAGUGCUCCUUCUGUCUAGCCUCAAGACUACAGCGAGGCACACCUAGCUGCGCCAUUAUUCCGGCCAGCCACACAGCAACACGCAUAUUCCACCCGAACGGCCUGGCUGGAUACAAACAAACCGCAAUGCUCUCUCUUCCCCUCAUUACCCCCCGCGAUUCCCACGAGCUCUGGUUCGGUUCGUCUCAACCUUACCGCUCGUCAUCCUCCACGUCCGCGACACCUAAUCACUCCCACCACCACCAUCACCCGGGAGAACCCCACGGCCCCAAUCGCCGCAAUGGCAGCAACCACCCCAACACCGGACGCGGCCUCUCUGCCUCCUCUGGAAACAUGCUCUCAUCCCUUCUCCUCGAGGAACGAGCCCUCCGCGCCCGCAAGAACAACAUCGCCUCGUUCGGUUAUUCGUGGAUCAAACCGGCCGGCUGUCCAAAGACGAUGCUGGGGAUGAAAGAGGAGGAAGCGGAACGCGAGGAGGCUCUGGCGGCCGCGGCCGCGGAGAUGGCAGCUGCGGCUGCCGCCGCCGAGGCGGGCAUGGAUGACUUUGGGGGCGAGACGCAGGAUACAAUGGACGGAGAGGGGAUGCAGGACGAUACGGGAAUGGAAAGAGACUUGGAUGACGAUAUCCCUGACGCUGAUGCAGACGGUCUAGUCGAGGAAGGGGAAGAAGGUCUGGAGGAGGAAGGUGUUGUGGACGAGGAUGAGGAGGGAUACAUGGAACGCGAUCUAGAUGAUGACAUUCCCGAGGCCUUUUCUGGCUACGAUGACGACGAUGAGGAAGAUUUGGACGAGGAGAACGAGGGUUUCGACGACCAACCAGACCUGGACGCUGACAUCCCGAGUGCGGCGGAGGAAGGUUACGAUGAUGAUGACGAUGAUGACGAUAUGAGCGAAAACGGAGCCAUGGGCCGUGAUCUGGACGAUGACAUUCCCGAGGCUGAUAACGAUCACUAUGCACAGGGUGAGGAAGAGGAAUGGCAACAUACGGAUACCGACGCCGAAUUUGACGAUGAAGAGGAUGUCAGCUUCGCGCAGGAUCCCUUUACGCAAAGUCUUCGCGCGAGUACGAGCAGUCGUGGUGGCUUGCCUCCGGUGCCAAUGCGACGAGAGCGAGAGACAGAGGCCCAGCGAAGGUUCUUGCAGCGUUGGAGUGGUGGCGGGGAUGCGUUUGACACCAGCAGCAUGCUUGUAGACGAAGAAGAUCUACGAGCAUCGAUAGCCAACCAGGCCAGUCGGAGGAGUGUUUUCAGCCGGUUCCCUCGUCGUCAAAUGGGAGGCCCCAGAGACAGCCUCGAAUAAAGUUCUACCUCUGCAUUGUUGCAGUCUGAUGUUUGAGUGUUAACAUGUGCGGUGUGUAUGAAGGUCGUUUUUCUUUCUCCUGGUGGAGGGUGGAAAUCAUGGCAGUCAAUCUGGCUCAAACCGGGGAAUGAGUAGGCCAAGUAUGUACUAGUACAUUGUAGAAGAGCUAGGCGCAUGAUCAAGAUUACUGUUUCCAGACG